GGCUGGUCUGCCGGCCCUUUUAAGUCCUAAUGUUUAAUAUUGUCUGUACUGUUGUCAUGGCUGUUACAUUUUUGCAGUUCAUCUGACGAUCGGCUUCUCCUUGCAAGGGCCUCCUGACCUAGCAGCCAAGACUGCCCCAGACCGCCUACCAUGUACCACAACCCUCUCAUCUACUGCACCUGCUGGGACCCCUGGAACUUGGAACCACGGAAGCUAAUCAAGACCCCUCAGCCACCAAAAAAAACCUCUACAGGGAAGCCCAAGCUAACUCUUCUUCCUCCAGCUUCAAAAAAACAAAAUUAUGUCCAACCACCAACAAAACCUUUUGUCUCCCCAAAAGUGAAAACCCACUUAGGAAAACAAGAAGAGAGCAAUAAUUUACCUUCUGAAGUGAUCAACGUGUGCCCUGGCUAUCGCCUCUUUCGGAAUAGGGAGCAGAUUUCCGUCACUUUGGGAGAUGAGAUGUUUGAUAGGAAAAAGCGUUUGAAAUCAGAGAUCAUGGACAAAAUCAGAAUUCGCAGGACUGAUAUCAUUACUGACCUCGAAGAGCAGAUCUCAGAGCUGACGAUGAUAAUAGAGCAAAUGAACAGAGACCACCAGUCUGCCAACACAACGCUCUCCAAUGAAAUGGAAAUCCGGUGUGCUGAGAUGAAGCAGGACUUCGAAAACAAGAGCAGGGAGCUCAAAGAGGCUCACGCAGCAGAGCUCAGUGAGUUGGAGAACAACUACAAAGCAGCCUUAAAGGAAGAGAAGUUGGCUUCCCAAGAAAAACUAGAGGAGAUGGGAAAGGAAUACAAGUAUUUGAAGAAUAUGUUUUUUAUGUAUCAGGACAGCCUUUAUGAUGAAAUGGAAGAUAAGUUGUCAAAGAAGAAGGCAGAAUGGGAGAAGGAUGAGAAGUCAGAGCGGGAAAAGAUCCUGCUACAGCAAAAAAAUACGAUGACAAAAAAGUUUGAGUUAGAGUCAGAAGAAGAAAAGAGAAAAUUAAGUGAAUCCUACAGUGCUCUCUUUGAGAACUUCACUCAAGAGAAGGAGGCGCUCUUGAAACAACACGAAAAGGACACCUUGCAAUUAAAGGAGCUGAAAAAGACCAAUGAGAUCAUAGAGGAAGAGUUGCAUGCACAAGCUGUUAUCCUAGAAUCACUGAACACCACCCUCUACCAAACCCAGAUGGAACUCCAGAAGGAGAAAGCUGCGGUGGCAAAUCUGGAGAAAACACUCCAGACCAAGCUUGCUGAAACGGAAGAGAAGUUUAAAUUCACCAUACAGCUCCUGAGAGAAGAAAACAUUCAUCUGAGGCAAAAGAUAAAUACCAAGAAUGGAGGAAUUUAUGAAGAACGGUCUGGAAGGUCAACCUGUCUUACUAUUUAUGAGGAUGAUACUGAGACUUUAGAAGAGGGUAGCAACAAAAGACAAGAAUUAUGAGCAGAAAAGUUGUUCUCCAUCAUCGGAAUUGGUAGGAGCACCAUCACUGUAAGCUUAGAGUACUCCUGUAGGUUUUCUUGAGAAAUGCAUAAGAUGGGUUUGGUUUUGGGGUUGCCUUGAUUCUACUUUCGUCUUUUCACAAUUUGCUUUCUUCUGAGUGGUUGGGACUGUUUGAAUUCUCAUCUCAAUUACAUAGAUUUUUUUUUCAUGAUUUUCACUGAAAAGUGAUGUGCUCUGUAGCUAGAGCUGGGCUUUCUCUGGGUGUACUAUUUUCUCUUCCACCUUUACAUAUUUUUAUUCUGAAGACACUGAUCUGAAAAUUUUCUUCCUAUAAAAUGUUAACUAUAUUUUGGACUGUACCUGGGGCAUUCAGUUAGCAAGAAAAAAUUUAUUGGUUUGAUUUCAAAAACCUUUCGUUUUCACGUGUCCCCACUCUCUCACCUCUCAGUCACGUUCCUGUGAUUUAGGAAGAGUUUCUGAUAAUUCUUGCCAGACUCUCUAAGUCAUUGCUAGAAUUCAAAUGCCACUGUGCAGGCAGCAUAAAUAAGUGAAAUGGGCUGCACAUAAAGAAAAACAAUCUGACCAAAACAAUAAUUGGUAAUUGGCAGCAGCUUCAAUAGAGGGAACUAGAGGGGGGAGGCAGUGAGAGAAACCAUUCCAUUGCUGCCAUACAGGAGCAUGGAGUUAAUGGGAUCAAAUAUUCUGAUUUUUCAAGAGAAGGUAUUCUAGUUUUUAUAUCACAUCUCCCAAUUUUUAAAUAUGAACAACACCUUUUUAAAAAAUAUUGAUUUCAGAGAGGG